AUGCCGUCUGCUCGCGACAAGUUGGCGGAGCUGAGGGCUCUCCGUGCCGCCGGCAAGAAGCGUAUCUCAACCUACGAAAUCGAGGACCAGGGCGAUAUCUACGACGAGGUCGACGACGACGGCUACAAAAAAGUUAUUCGCAGCCGCCUCGACCAAGAUGACUUUGUUGUUGAUGACAAUGGAGCUGGAUAUGCCGACGAUGGUCGAGAGGUCUGGAACGAGCGCACCGGGGAAUACGACAGCGACGAGAGCGACGAAUUGCCUGCUCGUGGCAAGGCUGCUAAGAGAAAGCGCGAGGAGGAGAAGCAGCGGAAGGAGAAAAUCAACAAUGGUAUCUCCAAAUACUUCAACACCGGCAGUGCUGCUGCAUCAGCGCCUAAGCCCAAGCCGGUUGCUACUGCCGAGGACGAUGCCUUCAUGAAAGAUCUCCUUGGUGAAGUCGACACCAACCUCGUUUCCAAUCACAUCCCUACCAGAAACCUGGUCAAAUCAGAAGCACGACGCAAAGUGCGCGUCCUCUCCCCACCCAUAUCCGAAAGACGACGCCGAGAAUUGGGCGACAACAAAAGCGAGAACGACGUCCCCAGCUCGCCAGUCAAGGACCAACCUUCACUACACUCCGAUGACUUUGAUGACGCUCCACUUCCUCAGAUGGAUGACGAUGAUAUCGAUAUGGGCGACCCAAUGCCCUCGUCCCCCAUCAGCAAGGCGGUAGAGCGCAAGACAGCGAUCCCCGUCAAAAAGGAAGAGUCCGAUGACGAAGAUAUUGAUAUGAUGGAUGUUGCGGAAGCUACGGUAUCUUCGAAUAUCAAGGCUGCAAGUGUGAACAUGACGGGUAGCCGCCCACCUCCAAAGCUCAAGAAGGAGAUUCUUCCUACGCCGGCCAGCUCUUCUCCCGCCAAAGUUGCACCGGAGGUCAUGGACCCCUCUUGGAAUGACAUCCAGAGCAAAUUGAACGUCCUCAGCAGCCCAGCACCCGAGAUGCGAUCAUUCGGCAAAUUACGUGCUCAAGAUGUUGUCGAGGAAGAUGGCAGCUUGCGCAUGUUUUGGCUGGACUACACCGAGGUCAACGGUAGUCUCUGUCUGUUCGGAAAAGUCAAGAACAAGCAGAAUGGUUCCUAUGCUAGUGCCUUCGUCAAGAUCGACAACAUUCUGCGCAAACUCUACUUCCUUCCUCGCGAAUACCGACACAAGCAAGGAAGAGAGACCGAGGAGGAGGUUGACAUGGAGGAUGUCUACGGAGAGGUUGAUGGACUCAUGUCGCGGAUGCGAGUUGGCAUGCACAAGAUCAAACCCUGCAGUCGCAAGUACGCAUUCGAGCUGCCUGGUGUUCCGAAGGAGGCCGACUACCUCAAGUUGCUUUACCCAUAUGAUAAGCCAGCUUUGCCUAUGGAGACCAAGGGUGAAACCUACUCGCAUGUCUUCGGUACAAACACCUCUCUUUUCGAACAGUUUGUGCUGUGGAAGAACAUCAUGGGUCCUUGCUGGCUCAGGAUUGACGAGGCCGACUUCUCUGCCGUCAACAAUGCAUCCUGGUGCAAGUUCGAAUGCCAGGCCUCCAAGCCAGCCCUGAUCACCCCCGUUCCAGAAACGGAGAAUCUGGAUACUCCACCAUUGACGCUUAUGAGUCUGUCUUUCCGUCAUCAACUCAACGUCAAGGACAACAAGCAGGAAAUUCUCAUGGUGAGCGCUAGAGUUUACGAGAACAUCUCUCUCACAGACACCACUCCCCCAGAGAAGAUUCCUUGCAAAACAUUCACCGUCAUGCGUCCUGCCGGAUCCUCCUAUCCUAUCCACUUCGAUGCCGAAACAAAGAAGCAGCGAGGCACCUUUAUGCUGGAGAAAAGCGAGCAGUUCUUGCUAAGCAAGUUCUUGGCUCUCUUUGAGAAGAUGGAUCCUGAUGUAAUCAUGGGUCACCAGCUGCAGGAUGUCGACCUCGGUAUUCUUUUGAAUCGCAUGCGGGAGAAGAAAACUCCUGGAUGGCACCGUAUCGGUCGACUUCGACGUGGCGAGUGGCCCAAAUUGAACAGGGGCGGCGGCGGCUUCUUUAUUGAAAGACAGCUUAUUGCCGGACGACUACUCUGUGACGUUGGCAAUGACAUGGGCAAGUCUCUCAUGAUGAAAUGUCAGUCGUGGAGUCUGUCAGAAAUGUGUCAACUCUAUCUCGGCGAGGGUAACAAUCGUCAGGAUCUGGAUAUUGAAGCAGCUUUGAAGACCUGGGCGUCAAGCAAGGAGGGUCUCAUGAACCUUGUCAACCACUGUGAUACAGACACCUACUUCAUCGCCGCUCUGGUAUUGCGCCUACAGAUGCUCCCGCUUACCAAGGUGCUGACGAACAUUGCCGGUAACUCGUGGGCACGAACACUCAGUGGUACUCGCGCGGAGCGCAACGAGUACAUUUUGCUUCACGAGUUCCAUCGAAACAAGUAUAUCUGUCCCGAUAAGUACUCCUCUCGCUUGCAAAAGGCCGAGGAGAAGUUACUGGAUGGAGAUGACGACGAUGCGGCCGACAAGAAAAAGAAGGACAAGUACAAGGGUGGUCUCGUCUUCGAGCCCGAGAAGGGUCUCUAUGACAGAUUCAUCUUGGUCAUGGACUUCAACAGUUUGUAUCCUAGUAUCAUUCAGGAGUACAACAUUUGCUUCACGACCGUCGACCGACAAGCAACUUCUGAAAAUGAGAAUGAGGAGAAAGUUCCUGAGAUCCCCUCUUCGGACCAGGAGCAGGGAGUUCUGCCUCGACUCAUUGCAACCUUGGUCGGCCGUCGUCGUGAGGUCAAAAAGCUUAUGAAGGACAAGCGUGCUACGCCUGAACAGCUUGCUCUGUGGGAUACGAAGCAACUUGCGUUCAAGCUUACGGCCAACUCCAUGUACGGAUGUUUGGGUUACACACAGAGUCGAUUCUAUGCUCGUCCAUUAGCCAUGCUCACCACCUUUAAGGGACGUGAGAUUCUGCGAAGCACCAAGGAACUCGCCGAGAGCAAGCAAUUGCGUGUCAUCUAUGGUGACACUGACUCCGUCAUGAUCAACACCAACAUGGACACCAUCAGCGAUGCCCUCAAGGUUGGCGAGGAAUUUAAGAAAUCCGUCAACGAGCGAUACCGUUUGCUUGAGAUUGACAUCGAUAAUGUCUUCCGCCGACUUCUGCUGCAUGCCAAGAAGAAGUAUGCUGCUGUCAACCUGACAGAAGUCGACGGUAAGUACAUUGAGAAACUAGAGGUCAAGGGUCUUGACAUGAAGCGUCGUGAAUACUGUGCUCUUUCAAAGGAGGUAUCGCAACGGCUCCUGAACGAGAUUCUCUCCGGCGAGGAUCAGGAGGUUGUUCUCAACAAAGUUCACGACUACCUGCGUGAGCUUGCGGAGAAGAUGAAAGAGUUUGCGGUUCCCGUUCAGAAAUACGUGAUUUAUACGAAACUGUCCAAGAGCCCAGACCAAUACCCCAACAAAGAGACUAUGCCGCCGGCGCAGGUCGCUCUUCGCGACAUUGCUCGAGGCAAGAACGUGCGACCGAACGACGUCAUCUCAUAUAUCGUUACGAGCGGAGAUGCGGAGACAUCCUCCCUGCCGCCAGCCAAACGAUCAUACAGCCCACAAGACGUUCUCAAGCCCAAUUCCGGACUCAAGCCUGAUGUCGAAUUCUACCUACUCAAGCAGAUCUUCCCUCCCAUCGAACGUCUGUGUGCCCCCAUCCCCGGUACCGACGCAGUCCGCCUUGCCGAGUGCCUUGGUCUCGAUGCUCGCAAAUAUCAGAUCAACACGUCCAGUUCGAGCAAGCAGCAGGACACCGAGAUCUUCCCUCUGGAGUCGCAGAUUCCGGACUCUGUCCGCUUUGCCAACUCCGUGCGGUUGACAUUGAAAUGUCGCUUCUGCAAGGAGCAGUCAGUCUUUGAAGGCCUGGUCGACUCCCCUCAGAUGUGCUCAGCAAACGGCAUCAUUUGCUCUAAUGAAAGCUGCCAAAAGCCAUUUCCCGUUCUGACCAUCAUCGCACAGCUGGAGAACCAGAUCCGUGAGCAGACCGCCCGAUACUACGAGGGCUGGCUCGUCUGCGAUGAUUCGGCAUGUGGCAACCGAACACGACAAAUCAGCGUGUAUGGCCACCGGUGCCUGGGUCCCCGCGGUCGCGCUGAGGGUUGUCUGGGUCGGAUGGCCUACGAGUAUAGCGAGAAGCAAAUGUACAACCAGCUUCUAUACUUUGCCGGUCUCUGGGAUGUGGACAAGGCCAAGGCGACCGCCGCUAAGGAAUCUGGAGAGAAGAAGGAUAGCUUGGCGGCUCUUGCGGAGUUCAAUCGGAUCCGCUUUGGCACGAUCAAGACCGUGGUGGAUGGCUACCUGAAGAAGUGUGGUCGGCAGUGGGUUGAGAUGGAUACGCUUUUCCGAUUCAUGAUACAACAAUAG